AUGCCCGCUCCAAAGUCCGAAUGGGACGAAGAGCGCAGAGAAAAGGACCAGAUGCCGGUUGAAGCUGACGAUGUCAAUGCUCUGUCGCUCUCCAUGGGCAAACAAGCUGCCUCGUAUCUCGGUGCAUCGUCCGUCAAAGUGGCCUUGACAGUCAUGCUUCAGAUUCAGCCACAGCUACAGAUUCUGCUUGCAGCACAGUCGUCUCCUGACGCUUCAAGCGACGAGAAUGCACGCAUCAACAAAAUUCCACUCUUCCGCGCAGCUUCCAGAUCCACCAAGGCAAAACCUCCCAUCCCAUGGACUUACAAGGGACAAGCUCUUGUCGACGCUUAUUUUAAACGUAUUCACAUUUUGACUCCUAUGCUGGACGAAAGCUCAUUCCGUAAAUAUUACAAUGAGGGUCGUCGAUGCGACGCGCCUUGGCUCUCCCUGCUCAACAUGGUCUUUGCCACAAGCAGCAUCAUGUCUACGCCGUCAAGCAACUUGAGCCACAUUAAAUACUACAAUCAAGCCAUAGAGCACGUCCAUCUCAGUGCAUUUGGGAGUAGCCACAUCGAAACCAUUCAAGCCCUAGCACUGCUUGGGGGCUACUAUCUCCACUACAUCAACCGUCCGAAUAUGGCCAAUGCCAUCAUUGGUGCCAUACUCCGAAUGGCAACCGCUCUCGGUCUACAUCGAGAACUACCGCCAGAAGAGCAGUUUGACGCGGCGGUAAUUGAGACACGAAGACGCACCUGGUGGACACUGUUUUGUCUCGAUACAUGGGGUACAACCACUCUAGGCCGACCUUCUUUUGGGCGAUGGGGGCCAGCAAUCAAUGUCCAGCCUCCUAAGCUUGUCACAGAGCAAGAAGAAAGCGACUCUGCACAGUAUGCCGGCAUCAUGCCGCUGCUUGAAAACAUCAAAUUCUGUAAAAUCGCAACAAAGGUCCAAGACAUGCUUGCAGUUACCCCUCUUCUUAAGACAGAAGAUCGCAGUCAUUUGGACGGCCUUCUUGUUGAGUGGUUCAACAAUCUUCCCUGGCUACUUCGUUCCACGGAGCCCUGUGUAGAGCCGCUCCAUCUUUCGCGUUGCAUCAUGAUAUGGCGGUAUUGGAAUCUACGCAUGCUGCUUUACCGCCCAGUACUUCUAACCUUGGCCUGCAAAGCUCAAUUACCCAUUGAAGAGCAAGACGUGGUUGCCGUGGAGAAUUGCCUGAACGCUGCGCGGGAGAUCAUUGACAGCGUGUCAAAGGGGUGGACGCGCCAGCAAAUGUCUGGAUGGAACGCCGUAUGGUUUCUGUAUCAGGCUGCUAUGAUCCCGCUGGUUGCUAUUCUGUGGCAACCUGAUAAUCCAUCUGUUGUCCAUUGGCGCGCUCAAAUCGAGUCGAUCCUUGAGCUGUUUGAGGCAAUGCAGGAUUGGUCACUUACGGCACGCCGUAGUCGAGAUGUCGUCAGCCGUCUUCUGGAAGCCAGUUCUCAGAUCUCCAAUGCAACAUCAGGAACUGACCCUCACAAUCCUUCUCUUCAAAGAGGGGGGCCAAGCGGCGAAGUAAGCGGAUUCUGGGGCAGUGAAGGAGCCGAUGCCAUCCUUCCAAGUGGUUACAGCACUGGGGACAUUGUAGAUAUGCUGGACCAAGACUGGCCGUGGAACAUGGAGGUUGAUGGGUUAGCCUGGGGCCAGCAGAUUCCUCUGCUAGAGGAGGAUAACGAUGCUGGCAGCUACAGCGUCGACGACGGUUCCAUGGGAGUGGAUUAUCUGUCACUGGCAACUGCAGAGACCGAUGCUUUGUCGCAGCCUCCACAGCCACCGCCUUAG